AUGGCUUCCACCGCCCUCCCCCAAACCCUCCGCUCCAUCACCAAUACCAAAAUCAAGGAGCUCUCCAAGCAGCGCACCAUCUUCGAGAAGCGCCGCGCGGAGAUCGUCCAGUCUGCCAACGCCACCUCUGAUCUGCGAGCUAAAGCUCGCAUCCUCUUAGAGGGUGUCACCAAACUCAAGGGCCAUGCCAACGAUGCCUUCGACAAGGAGGAUCUUGAUGUUGAUGCGGAAUCGUUUGAGACGCCGGUUAAAGAUGGAACCGAACGCGCAGUGCACGCUAACAUCCGCCGGUUCCUUCUGCAGGGGAAGUAUGACCCUUCCGUGUCCGAGUCGAGCUUGCGGGAGUGGAUUGAGUCGCUUGAGGGCGAGAUCGUAUACAUGGAGCGAGCGCAUGACCAUGCCUCCUUCUACAGUGCGCUUGUGACGGAAUGGUUGGAGGAGCUGGAGGCAUCUGGGGCGGCGUCUGUUUUGGCGGGUGAAGAAGAGCAAGGCGUUGAGGAUUCUGGCAUGGAGACUGUGGGACGAGCAGAAAUGCAUGAGCAGAGAAAGACAUGGGAAGACAUUGUGUUCAGCGACUCAAACGUUCAGGCGGACGCGAUUCGUACCUAUCUCGACAACCUCUUCACUCAAACAGCCCUCUCGCAACAGGCCUUGAAAGAGCUUCGCGAAACCAUCAAAUCCUUUGCUACGAGCCUUGCGGCCGAGAAGACGUGGAUCACUGUAGAUGAUCUCUCCUGGAUAUCCGGAUCACUGUUGAGAACCGACCUUCUGUCGAAGGAGAAGACGGUCAUUCUCAAGGAGCUCAUGCGGAAUAAUGCUGUGGCUCAGGAGGUUGCUGACGUUUUGAAUAUGCGCAUUGCUUCAUUGGAGAGCUGGAGCUGGCCUGAUGAGGGUAUUCAGGUGGAGAUGCGUCGCCAGCUGAACGGUAAAUAUCGGGUCUUUAUGGAUGAAGAUCUUCUCGACAGCCUCAUGUUCCAGUACCUGGGCUCCAAAUGGGCGGUCGCUUUACGGUCUGCAUUCGUCACCUUCCUUGGCUCACGGGGCUGGAAGAAGCCUCGCGAUCAUAUCCCUGAACACGAUAGGUUGCGCCGGAGUUACUUCGUCGGUCAAGCUCGAGCCCGCGGACUGAAUGAAGAGAGGCAGCGCGUGUAUGCGGAGGACUACUUCAUGUCCCAGCUGCCGUCCUCGGUCGAAACCGAAGUAGCGAGCUACGAUGACAACGGGGAGGAAGCAGAUCGUCCCAAGAAUGCCCUCGAAACGAAACACUCCCUUCUUCACCUCCUUCUCGCGGAAUCCAUCUUGCACACUACCCUCCAUGGACAAUUCACGGCUGUCCGGUCAGACUUCAAAUGGUUCGGCCCUUCUCUCCCUCACACUACGAUGCUCACGGUUCUUUCGUACUUUGGUGUCCCUCAGGAGUGGCUAAACUUCUUCCGCACAUUCCUCGAAGCACCGAUGAAGUUUGUCAACGACGGCCCUAGUGCCACUGCUGCAGUUCGAAAAACGGGAAUCCCAAUGAGCCACACGCUCUCAAGCGCAAUGGGAGAGGCCGUGCUCUUUUGUAUGGAUUACGCCGUGAACCAGAGUACAGAUGGGGCUUACCUAUACCGACUACACGAUGACUUUUGGUUCUGGGGCCAGGAGAGUACUUGCGUGAAGGCGUGGACCGCCAUGACCGAGUUUGCCAACAUCAUGGGACUCGAAUUUAACGAAGAAAAAACCGGAACCGUACGUUGGCAGGGCGCCUGUGACAAAGUUUCUCCGAUCUUGACAACGACCUCCGUGGGCUCCGCUGAGGAAGAUUUGCUUCCAACUGGCGACAUCCGCUGGGGAUUCUUGAAGCUUGACUCCCAAGAACGACGUUUCAUCAUCGACCAGGACAUGGUCACAGAGCACACCGUCGAGCUCCAACGUCAGCUCUCUGCCUGCAAGAGCGUCUUUGCAUGGAUCCAAGCCUGGAAUAGCUACUUUGGUCGUUUCUUUGUGAACAACUUUGCUAAACCGGCCGUUUGUUUUGGAAGGGAGCACAUUGACAUGGCCGUCUCGACGCUGAGCCACAUCGAACACGCCCUCUUUCCUGACAGCAAUGGUGGCGGCGUCACGAACAGUCUCCGAAAAACGAUCGCGGAGAGGUUCAAUGUCCAUGAUAUUCCUGACGGUUUAUUCUACUUUCCUAUCGAAUUCGGCGGCCUCAAUCUUUUGAACCCCUACAUUCCCCUUCUUGCGAUGCGCGAGGACAUCAAACAGACACCGCACCGUCGAAUCCAAAAGGCAUUCCUGGAUGAAGAGGCGGCGUAUCUGUCUGCGAAAGAAGAGUUCGAACAGAACGGGCCGAAGAAUCCAGGCGCUUUUCUGAGGAGUAAGCGUGACUUCGACCUUCCGACAGAUUUCCUCUCGCUGGAGGAGUACAUGAAGUACGCUGAGAGCUUCAGCCGCCCGCUUUUGGAUGCCUAUCUGGACUUGAUACGCAUCCCGGAUGAAUUCGACGUCAACCUCACGCCUGCAAUGCGCGGAACCCUGACUCUAAGCGCAGCGGGAAACAAAACAAAGACUAUUUCCGGAAACUGGCCGAGUAUGUCUCCUUACUGGAAGUGGACGGCGGAGCUGUACCGGGCUGGAAUGGUGAAGAGGUACGGUAAUCUAGCGGCCGUAAACAGGGAGUUUAUGCCUGUUGGAGUGGUGGAAACCCUGAAAGAGGGCAAAUUCCGCUGGCAGGGUUGA